GGCAGUUUCAUAAGCUUUCAAGUUUCAACUAUCACUUUCUCUUUCGCUUCUGCCUUAAUAAAAUGUUCAUAUUAAACCAUUCAUCUUCCAUAACGUUUCUCCCCUCCAGAAUUUACAACAAUUUACCACCACGUAACGCUCUAUUCCUUAUCGCCUGGUGCAUUCCACGUCACAAACUCCCGGCAUUCCUUUAUAUAACUGCCUUUUCCCUCUCUCAUUUCCCACACGUUACACGUUAACCAUUCUUUAUAACCCUAAGCUAUAGCUUAGUUUCAUCGAGCUCACAAUGGGAACUACUGCGGAUGACCAGCUCUCGUACUUGCACACUUUGGAGCCUUUAUGUGACCGCCGCUUCUCAAAGCAUGUUCAUGAUAAUGUUCACGGCAACAUCUAUCUAGAUAAGCUGUCUUUGAAGUUUAUUGAUACUGAACAAUUUCAGAGACUUCGCGAUCUAAAGCAACUUGGUCUAGCAUACUUGGUUUACCCUGGAGCUGUACAUUCUCGAUUUGAACAUUCAUUAGGGGUUUAUUGGCUGGCCGGCGCUGCUGUUUGGACAAUUAAAGCUUUCCAUGGCUCUGAGUUUGAUAUUGAUCGUGCUGAUAUACAGACUGUGAAACUUGCUGGACUUCUACAUGACAUUGGACAUGGACCAUUUAGUCACACGUUUGAGCGCGAGUUUCUUCCGCGAGUUCUUAACGGAUCCAACUGGUCUCAUGAGGACAUGUCUGCAAAGAUGAUAGACUACAUUGUUGAUGAGCACAAUAUUGAGAUUGAUUCUGAAAGCAUCAAGAGAGUAAAGGAAAUGAUUGUUGCUAGCCAUACUUCUGACAGGAGUACAAAGGAAAAGCAGUUUUUAUAUGAUAUUGUUGCAAAUGGUCGAAAUGGAAUUGAUGUGGACAAGUUUGAUUACAUUGUACGUGAUUCCCGGGCUUGUGGUCUUGGCUGCAAUUUUCAGUUUGAAAGGUUAAUGGAAAGUAUGCGAGUCAUGGGUGAUGAGAUAUGUUACCGAGCCAAGGAUUAUCUUACUGUUCACAAAUUAUUUUCCACACGUGCUGAUUUACAUCGGACAGUCUAUACACAUGCAAAAGUAAAGGCGGUAGAACUUAUGCUUGUUGAUGCUCUGUCAGAAGCAAAUCAAUAUCUUGACAUUUCGUCCUCAAUUCAACAGCCAUCUGAAUUUUGGAAGUUAGAUGACUUAAUAGUGAAAACAAUUUUGAUUGAUCCCCGACAAGAGCUCAAGAAAGCAAGAGAUUUAAUCCUUCGUAUUCGGAGAAGGGAAAUAUACCAGUUCUGCAAUGAAUUUUCAGUUCCAAAGGCCAAGCUAGAGCACUUCAAAGGCAUCACUCCACAAGAUAUUGUUUGUUCUCAGAAAGCUGGUGGUGUUUCACUAAAAGAAGAAGAUGUUGCUGUGAGCAAUGUUAGGAUUAAUUUGACUCGUGGAAGGAAGAACCCCCUUGAAAGCAUCAAUUUUUUCAAGGACUAUGAUUGCAAUGAGAAGUUUCCCAUUCAGGAUGAUCACAUCAGUCAUUUGCUGCCUGCAUGCUACGAAGACAUGAUUGUGAGGGCAUACUCUAAGAAGCCCGAACUGGUGGGAGCCGUUUCUGAGGCCUUUGAGAAUCUCCAGUUAAAAAUGUUUGGUAUGAAAGCACAGGUGCAUGAUACUCCUGAGAAGAAGAAACGCCGACUAUAAAUAAUUGCUGCAAUUCUUUGUCUACCUUGCUUAAUAUAAAUAAUAUAUACAGACUCUAUAGUCUAUACAUAUAGAACCAUGGACUGUCAAAGAAAAGUAAAAAAGAAAACAAAAAACAAUAGAAAGUGUAUAAAUUCAGUGAAUGUUAACAUGCAUAUAUGUCUGCUAGGGGCUUGUUUGUUACUACAUAUUCAUCUAUGUGCAUCUAUAACAUAACAUUGAUGUCUGGCUUAUUUUUCA